AUGGCGACGCAUCUUUCGACAGAAGAAAAGCGUAGACGUUUAGCACCGAGCGGGGAGAGUACCUUUGCUAGUUCGUUCAAAGAGAAGAUAGCGACUCUGAAUACCUUCACCGAGUAUAUUCGUAGACUGCCACCUUCCGAGCCUAUCCAGAACCGGGUAAAUGUCACAAUGGCCUGCGCGAUGAUGUCUUGCGACAAUCGUAACAGAACCCCCGCUGUUUGUGUGAGCUGCGCGCCCGCAAAUCGGACAGAUGCUUCUAGAUCAACAGGCACACCGUCGAUAGAUGAUGAUGAAUUUGUUAGCUGCUCUGGUGUUGCUAGCGCAUUGGAAAGGUACUUCAACCCGCUUGCGGCCGAGCUUGCCAUGUCGCUGACGAGAGCAUGUGACCCCACAAGCCUUAGGCAACCAUGCCUCGUAAACCAGAAACGACUCGAUGCAUCGCUGCAGCUCGAGUGCACGCAGCGCACAUUCAAAUCUACUAUCUAUGGCUCGCAGGUUCCACGGUAUAAAGCCGACUACGAGAGGAUCGUCUGCGAACUAAACCGCAUGAAACGGGACCCCAAGAGUCCAGACUCUAAGCACCCCAGGGCCUGCCCAGCAAUGACAGCGGAAAAGGGGCAUCACCGUUUUGGUCACUGCGUAGGACGUGGCGUCAAUGGUAUAUGCCACUAUCCAGUCAUCAAGGAGACCAUUGCCUCUGCCAGUACUACAGAUGACGUCGUCGGGUCAUGGAAAGGUAUUCAUGCGCCGUCUGGAGUCAUUGCUUGCCCGGGGCACGUGCGGGUACGCCGUCUGAUCACUUAUCGCUUGGCGGUCGAGUUCAUCAACCUGAAGAACAUCUGUUACAAUCGCACGAGUGACCGCGGCAUACGUGACCGUGCAUUGGAUUGGACGACGAAUCGACGUGGCAUUCCAGUCCGUGUCCAAGUGGUGCGACCGACCGCGACCCUUCGUCAUUCCAGGCCCCAUCCCUUCCCACCUACCGUCCAGUCACCUUCGACCUCAACAAUGCUCCGCGACCCCGAGCACCCGUCAACUACAGCCACGCCUGCGAGUAGCAAUACUACUGCGGAAGUAUCCUCGACAGCGGUCGCAUCGACCGAAAUCGAAGAGACUUGUCAGCCUUACGCCGACAAUCAACCUGCCCACCAGAAUACCCCUGUAACUUCUUUAGCACCGAGCUCGGAUGCGUUAUCCCCACUACCGCCGAAACAAUAUCCUUCACACCCCUCUCACCGUCGGGCGAACACCGAGAUUAUCCCGCGGCAAGCCCCUCUGCCGUCCAGGAAGCUCUUCUCCGAUCAACCCAAAACCUACGAAGACUUGGACUCCGGCACUACUCCCUCGAACCCACCAGUUGAGAACACUGCCAGAAAGAGACUUGAAGAAGGCGCAAAGCGCUUGUCGGGCUGGUUUCAAGGAAAGUCGGAACCGGUCAACUUAGGAGUAGUGUAUCAGUCAGAAGAGCAGGACUCGGCCGCCACAGACGACAUGGAGAAGCGCGCCAGUCGCGAAUUCUACGGGUCGCCCAACGUCCCAUCGGGCCUGACAAGCCGAACUCAGAAGCGGAUGACUGCGCCAUCGCCUCUGAAACAGGUUACAUCAUCAAGUCCCUUCUCGUUCUUCGGAUUAAAGAGACAGGGGGAGAGCAGACCGGAGCUGCCCGAACCUGCCCAGGACGAGUUCUUGAACCUCGAUAUCAACGCCGCUUUAUUCCCGACUGGAUUCAGUAAUCUGGAAGGUCGGGAAGCCUUUGACGCCCUAAGACAAAACGCAGAUACUGUACUUAGGCGGCUGCAGGCUGCAUACAAACAGAGGACAUUCGCCUUGCAUGAAGCUCUGGCCGACAAGAAUGAAAAGCAAGAGGAGCUGGAGGUUACUCGGACACGCAUCGGGAACCUCAAGAUCCAGUUAGAUGGCAUGGCCGAGAAAGUCAUCCAACAAGAAAAAGCGAUGAAGGCUAUGGCAGAAGAGCUGGAGCAUGAGCGGCAAUUACGUCGCCGAGAAGAAGAGGCACGUCUGCGCAGCAUCACGCUGGUUCGGUCUAGCGACGACGAGAGUACCUCUGACCUGGGGGCUGAACUUCAGACCCCCAAGCGGAGCCUCAAACGCGCCAGCAAUGGUACAUUUACAAGCGACUCGGGCUUCGAUUCAGGAGACGAGAGCCUUGCAGAGAGUGUCUUCUCCCGCCGCGAGGUGCUCGAGUCUCCAGCGUCGACGGUCGCGCCAUCCCCCAACAUCUCGCAGAUCGCCUUGUCUACACCCAGUACAGCUGCUCCUGCACAACAGAGCCAGAAAGAGCUCAAACCAGCGCCAACACCUGCACCAGCACCAACGCCUGCGCGUCCAUCUACUUAUGAUCGGGUUAUAAAAGGGCUGACACCGAGGAGCAUCGCCAGCUCGUGGACCAACAGCUCCAAAUGUAACAUCUGUCAUGGGGUUCCUUCCUCGGAAGCCUGGAGCGUCAUGGGGAUCUUGAAGGAAGAGAACAAAGGACUGAAGGAGCGACUCGGGGAGUUGGAGAACGUGAUUGAUGAUUGUCUCUGUCUUGUUGGGCCCUGACAGUUUGGUAUGCUUGCUCUACGUUGACCGAAGCGUGCGGAUACCAGAAAGCCACGGCCUUUAUUGGGAGGAAACGGCGAAAUAUGACCGUUAUACAGUGAUACCUUGAGAUACCUAGAUAGAGUACUUUUUGAAAG